CUAUGCCGUUCUAACGGUUUUUGGUGACACAGCAUGACGUCUCCUUUUGUCCCUCGUGUGCCCUUUAAACAAGGAAUGUAAACAAGCCAAGAUUAAAGUCUGCAAAGUUCCCACGAUUCCACGCAUACCUGCGGCGCACAAAACUUCCCCAUUAGAAUACCUAGCAUACCUGAGUCUGACACCAAACCCAGCCGGUCUACACAGAGAGAGAGAGAGCAAAGCAGUCUCACUGAGAGUACUGGACCACACCUGCUCUUAAUGCACUUAAAAUAACAGUAACACCCCACACAGUUUCUAUAAAUACAUAUCUGAAGCAACCUCAAACAUUACAAUCCAAGACACUUCAUGACCCAAUCUUAGAUAUUUAAACCCUUUCAAAAUCCAAAAAGAUGGAAUAAACAUGGUGAUGCAAUCAGAGCGGCUUAUACUUCACAGAAAGUUUUAAUGUCUUUUUUCUUGGAAGUUUGUGAUGCAACAGCAGGUAAUUCCCUAUAAAUUAACUCUCAUCAUUACGUUCCGCCAACGCACAAGGAGAAUCGUUCCAUUCACAAAUGUGGACAAACAGCAAUCACAACAUUUCUGCGCUCAAAGGGAUCCGCCCACCGCGCUUAUGUGACUCUGAGCCGCACACUGACAUUUAGCUCAGAAUAUAUUUGAGGAAGACAAGGCGACUCACCUGCACUGAAUUUCACCUGGAAGGUGAUCACUAGUGACUGCUGUUAGUUAAAAUUUUCAUUCGAGAAGAUCUAUUCAGUAUUUCUCAUGAUGGCAGACCAUGGUAUGCCCUGCACUGGGUCAGAAGCCAACUUUUGCAUGAAUGGAGGAACAUGCUUUAAAAUACCUUCUGUGUCCACACCCACCUGUGUCUGCAGUGCGAACUAUGAGGGCAGCAGAUGUGAGCAGUACCAGCUGUUCAGUUUCUCACACAGCAGUGAAGAGAAGGGCAUGAUGGCCGCUGUGGUCAUCAUGGUACUCCUCAUUUUAGUGGUGCUUGGUGUGGUCAUCUAUUACAUCUGCAAAAUAAAGAAAAAUACCCGGAGCCAACCAAAACCUGAGGAGUACUACAGAGUCAAAUCAAACAUGAAUUCUGCUCAAACGGUGUGAACUCGACAUUGGAUUUGAUGUUGCGGACCUAGUAACAUCGCCCCCUUGUGGAAGCCUUGAACUCAAUGUGAAAAUGUGUCAAAUUGCACACAAAAUAUCUUUCUUAAUGUUUAUACAUUUUUUGUAAAUAGUUCUGUCAGUUAAAACAUCUUUAUUUAAAUACGUAAAAAAGGAUGCAAAUUCUAGAAACAAACUGCAUGUCAGCUGCUCAAUGGAAAGCAAUACAUUUCAAAAGCAGCAUCCUUAAGCGUAGAUUUCUCAUUUGAAUUAGACAUAGAAGACUUAAUAUUAUUUAAUAUACUGGUCACAUGUGCCAUGUACAUAUACUAUUUUUACAAUGUGCUGUUUUUGUGUUGGCUGAAACUUUGAAAAUUUUGUCUCUUAAAGGGAUAGUUCACCCAAAUAAUGAAAAUUCUGUCACCAUUUUCUCACCCUCAUGUUGUUCCAAACCUGUAUGAAUUUCUUUCUUCUGCUGAACACAAAAGAAGAUAUUUUGAAGAAUAUGGGUAACCAAACAGUUGUGGACCUCAAUGACUUCCAUAAUACUAAUAAUAACUUCAUUUUUUGGAUGAACUAUCCCUUUAAAUUCUACUAGAUUAAACUGGAAUUCCUUCAUCCAUUCAUUUUAAAUGUAAAUAACAAGGAGCCCAAUCAUUAAUGUACACCACUGGACAGGACAUAUGUAAUGGAAGCAUUCAAAGAAAAUGUUUCCAAAACCUUUUGAAAAAACAAUAGUUUUCAUAUCAUAUAAGCAUGCUACUCAUAUAUUUCUGCAGUAUGUAGUAUGUACACUGUGCACAGUAUGCAAGUUUUCUGUAUGAAAGUUCUACUGUGUGAUAUACAACAGUGCAAUGGGCAUGUAUCCCACAAUGCAAUGUGAUUCCAGUGAAAUGUACUGAUGAAUGAACCAGGUGGAUAAAAAUUAACUGGAAUUUUUCCAGCACUUUCUUGUCUCACUAAUAAAUCUGACUGUUAAAUGUUAACAUACUUUUAGAUAAACUUCAAUUCAAAAUAAAAAAAAUAUAUCAAAUCGCGUAUGCAAA